GGCCAGAUCGGAAGUGUGUGCCUAGCAAUGGGCUAGUCAAAUAGAUAUUGAGUGCCAGAUUCAAUGUACAAUUGACGACCAAUAACUAACCUCAUCAGAAGUGGGAUCAGUGAAUGAGACGAUUGACGGGCCACCGACGUCAGUUUAGUGCGAUUUUGUGAGGCCCCACCUCUCAGUGAGCGGAAUCAAGCGCGAUUGGGCGAGAGCUCCCUCCUUGCUCGAGUUCAAUCGUGAGAGAAGUCUCAGUGGGCCCAUCAGGCAGCUUCAAUCAUGGCUGUUUAUGAUCCCUAGGACUAUUUUGCAACACACGCAGCACAACUUUCGUUCAUUCGGGGCAUCUCAAUCCUAACCCAGGAAGUCCGGAAGACUCGCCUCCAUUCUAUCGUCAUCGAUGUUCUGGUCCGGAAAGGGUGGACGACUGGCAGUGGACUAGUAGGCUAUGCUUCACAACGGGUUUCUGGCCGCCAAUAGCCGAUCCUCGCAGAGAAACCAUGAUCCCGGGCAGCAUCUGGCCCCACCCCAUCCCAUGGCCCCCGCUUUGGGCGGCCCAGCGGGUUACCAUACGCCUCAUCGGCCAAUAAUGGAUGGGUCUUUUGAAAGCAGUGUUGUUGUUGGUGGGGGUGGGGGUGGUGUUAGUAGUAAUGGUGGUGGUGGUGGUGGGGGUGGUGGCGGCCACUGUGCCACUCCCAACUCUCCGGAUCUCAUGACCAAUAUCAUGGCAUUGAAUAACCUGCCUUGCCCGCAGUGCCAGCGGGUGCCAUCCUUCAAUUCUUUGGCCCGACUCGUGCAAGAAGCGUGCGGUCAUUUCAAGUGUCGACAGUGUCUUCUGCGCGAAGAAUCCGGGUGUGUGCAGUGCAAAAAGCAAGACUAUAUUCGCGCCCAAUCCCGGGCUCGAAGCCAUGGCUCGCCCAUGGCCAUCAAGACGCCCAGCCUGAUGCCCAACAGUCAGACCCCGCACAACAACUUCGUGUCCCCCCGACCACUGUCGGUGUCCAAUCAGAGCUUUACCUACCCUCACCGACAGCACAUGCAGCUUCACCAACUGCAACUGCGACAUCAACAACACCAACAACAACAACAACAACAACAACAUCACGAACAACAACAACAACACCAGCAUUUGCAACAUCAACAACAGUUUCAACACCAGCCACAUCAGCACCAGCAGCAGCAACAGCAACAAAUGCAGCGACAGCAACAGCCAGAGCAUCCGCCACCUCAAGUACUACCUCACAGAUUUCCUGGCCCCGAUGCCAACCCUUUGGCCCGGGUUCAUGCCAUGGUACCUCCGUUUCCACGUGGACAGUCCCACCACGCUCUCUAUCCAGAAGUCAAAAUUGAACGUGAAGAGGCGGCCCUACCUCUAUCAACUACCUCAACCACUCAUCCCGGCCAUUCCCUCAAGAAUAUCCAUCCCCCUUUUGGAGAGCAUGCUACUCGAAUUCAUGGUUCCGGAUUUGACGAACCCGCCUCUCCCAUGAGUAAUCAUCGCCAUGAAUUGGAGCCCCUUAUCAGGAUGUGCGACGAUCCCAACCAUAGCAAUAAUAGUAGUAGUAGUAAUCAACUGUACAGUCGAGCUCCGUCUCCGAUAAUCGAGGGCAUUGAAAUGGAAAGAGAGGAUGCGGAUUCGGCCACGUCCAUCAUGACUCCGACCUCCUUGCAAGACUUGGCCGAUUUUAGACUGACAAUCAUCCGGGUCGGACAAUGGGUUAGAUUGUCUCAAUUUGAGUCGCUCGAUUCGGAAUUGGACUGGCUUCAACAGCAAUACCGAAGUCGAAUCCAUGAUACGUUGUACAACGAGGAGGACAACUGCUUGGUGGUGGAGCGUGGGAAGGAGGUGAGCCAAGGUUUCCUGGACAAAGUGGGCGGUGCAUCCGAGUUAUCAAAUGAAGAAGAGCAGACUGACGAGCUGGAACUAAACUUAGAAGUGAGCUCAUUGGCCCGGGAAAUUCACGAAAAGGUCAUGCAAAGAGCCAGGGAGCUUCCCAGCGAAGAUCUAGUCAACUUCGGCGUUCAAGACGAGGGCUUGGUCCUCAGGGGUAACGCCUCAAUUUUGGGCGAAGACGAGAUCAAGCAGGAAGUCGAUGGCCCUGAAGAGCAUGCCUUCCCACAGAGCAUGAUAGUAACCAAUGAACCAGUGAGAAAACGUGGCAAACGAAAGAGGAACUCCAUUGACCACGAGAACUAUGCGCACAUUGUCAAAAAGAACCAUUUGGACCCUCCAGAAUACCUUUGCUCAAUAUGUAACCGUCAAUUUAAAAAUCGGCUCAAUAUUCGAUAUCACAUUGCCUGCGCAGAUAAGUCUGCCGGGCAUGCUUGCAAAGAGUGUGAUCGAAUCUUCAAGUCAUCCUCACAUCUUACCUAUCACAUGAGAACUGCCCAUGGUGGAGAGAAACCUUACAAAUGUCGGUUUUGCGAGAAAGCCUUUGCUCAAUCAGUUAAAUUAAAGCGCCACGAGCGUACCCACACGGGAGAGCGACCUUUCAAAUGUGAGAUCUGCCAGCACACAUUCACCACCAAAUACAAUCUCAAGGAGCAUGAGAACAUUCACAAAUCUGAGAAACCUUACACUUGUUCGGUAUGCAAGGCCGGUUUUGCUGACCGAAACAAUCUCAGACGUCACGAAUCGACUCAUGACUCUCAUGGCCAAGGGAAACACCAUUCAUCCAAGGCCAGUAAUGCGGCUCUUUGUAAAGCCCGUGCUUCUAAGGCCCUGAUGGAUAAAAUGACGAGUGAGCACGAGAAACUCAUUACCGUACAUCAUAAUGAUAUCAAGCAACAUUUGAUCCAACAAACUAGCCGAAUUAUGGCCCAAAACUUCUCCCUAAUGAAGGAAAGCCUCCAUGCGGAAAGCUUGUCUCAGAAUCGAUGCCAACCUGCUUCCAACCCUGAAGAUGGUUCACACAAGACUAACGAAGGUGAGAACAAUAACCACGUCAAGGAAGAUAUUUCAUCGGAAGCAAAGGUAAGUUUGCCAGGCACUCCAUCUCACACUGCCACGUCGGGAAUGGAAACCUUUGAGAAGAGCCCGAAUACCAACGAAAAUUACUAUGUUGCGAGCCCGGCCAAAUCCUCAGCCCAUCCGGGACUUUCGCCGGAGCCUUUUGUGGAUGAAGGUCAGCUGGAAGCGGCCAAUCUUCGAACCGACCAGGCCGACAUGAGCAAUUUCAGCAGCUCGUCUUUGAACACUUCACAGAGUGAUUACAUGUUGGAUUCCCCGCCCAUUUACCCCAGUUAUACCUCAUCCGUGAAUCCUGCGGAACAUGUUCGAGUGAGUGCUUGUGUGGAAAUCAAAGAUUUAUUGAGAAGAGUCAAGGGGGAUGAGAUAUAUCGAGUGGUUGAUACCCUCACAAGCAAAGAACGCCGUGCUCUAAUUGCCAUUUUAAAGGAGGAUAAGAAUGCCAAAACGGGUCGACCUCGGCCUCACUUUGUUUCCAAAGCGGUUAACUUUGAUGCCUUCAGCGAUAUUUCAACGGGGUCGAAGAAGGAUUUCCUUCGGCGAUAUCAACGACAGGUUCUGGGUGAAUGUGGAAGUAGUACAGCCUCUUCGGCCAGCUUCCCAUUUCCGACCGCGGCUAAUUCCAUAUCUGCUCUGGAGAGGCAAACUAUUAUGACUGACAUAAUGCUGGAUGUUGAGGAAGCGUCUCAGGGUCAAAAUCAAGCAACGCAUUAUCCCGAGCAUGUCUAUCCCAGUCCGAAGCUGGGCCCUAAUCAUCGGGCCGUGGGUUUGAACUCAUUCGAUAACAUCAUGAAAGGGAUUCACGAGGUCAUUGCCAAGCAAGUCGAGGAUGAUGGCGAACCACCCAGCCAAGCCAAUGAUCACCAGAAGAGAUCACGGGUCUCCGUACGAACGGAGCAGGGCUACCUUAGUAAGAAACCUUUUUUGGUGGAUGAAGAUGAAGAAGAAUCAUGCAGAAUCUAGUCCCCGUUUUGGAACAGCCGAGAUUAACUGUUCAAAUGUUAUGAAUAGCUUCAAUUCAAUAUUAUUUCCAAGGUCUGCUAGCCUUUUGUUUUGCGUUAGAUGCAUGAGCUUAGAAGAUGAUUUACGUACGUCUCACAUGUGGCUUCUAAAAGAGGAUGUUCAAAGAUUGAGACUGAAAAUGAACUACCUGAUGGCUUACUGCAAUAUGGCCGACCUUGUGCUUCAUCGAUCCAUACAUAGUUCGAAGAGAAUUUACCUUCUACUUCUCUGUGAUUCUGAAAAAGACUCCUCUAUCAAAAAAUAUCUAGCGACUAUUCAAUGAAAACAGAUUGUGAAGUACCCCUGGACCUCAAUAUAUCGUUUCCAAAAAAAUAUGGAUCACUGGUGGCCAACGAGAAUUUGAAAAUUUUUGUGACUAAGAAAGAAACCCCUAUUUUCUCUCAAGAAAUUUAUGUCCUACAAUCCAUUUUUGGGCUCCCAUUCAAUCACCAUACACUGACACCUUGUUUCAACCAAUGAUCGUGUCAGAAAAGUGCAAUGUGUUUUUAGAAGAGUUCCCCGAAGAACAUGAACUCCUUCUGCUACAAUCCUGAUUAUAUGUUCACCAUCUACGAAUUCAGGAGCCCAAUAUGCAUACUCUAGCUUAGUUAGGGAGCAAUAAAUAUUCUGUUUGUUCGAUCAAA